AUGCUGCGCAUGUCGGAGGGGCACGAGCCGCGCGCCGACGACACCUGCAACGUGGCCACGCAGACUGAUCGGAGUCAGCUGGAAGAGCGCGACCGGCUGGUGCGCGUGCUGCAGGCGCAGAUGCUGCGCAUGUCGGAGGGGCACGAGCCGCGCGCCGACGACACCUGCAACGUGGCCACGCAGACUGAUCGGUUGCGGCCGCCGAUGAGCUCGGCGCUAACGAGUUCUGAAAAUUCCGGUUUAGUGAGUUGGAAUGAGCAAGCUAGCGGGAGGAAGCUGCCGGUGUACAGUGAAGCACAAAAGACUAUUAAGAGGCCUGUAGUCAACGGGACCGUGAAGUGCCAGUGUGGUGUGCGCAAGGACGAGGAGCGGCGGGCGGACGCGGUCCAGCUCAAGACCAACAGCCGGGUCGGCUCCAAGUACCUCCAGGCCUUGGCCAACAGCGACUCCAACCGAUACGUCAAGCGGGAUUCCUCCGUAGGGGAGAAGACGGUACGCAAGAGCCUGUACUCGACCAGGUCUCGUUCCAUUGAGAACUUCCACAACCAAGCGUAUUCCAGUGCUGAGCCGUUGCUCCUUAAAAACGCAGUGAUCGAAGAGAUCAAACACCACACAUCGUACGGGGACCUGUAUAAUGGUCGCAUCAGCAGCAAGGAGAGUGUAAACGGCAACAGGCACAGUCCUAGUUUAAACGGACAGUCCACCGACACGGACUACAGCUCUGACGGCGGGUACAAGUCCCUGCCGUCCUCCAUCAACUGUAAUGGUUAUUCGCCGAAGAAGAUCAGUGGUAUCCCCCGGAGGUCUAUCGAGCAGAGGUUUCUUUCCGCCAAGACUGUCAAAGCGAGCGCUGUUUGAACCGCGUCCGUUCGUCUUGAGAGCCAGUUUCGGAUUCAAAUAUCAUCAUCAUCAAUGUUUGUACAUGAAAGUGUAGGUUUUUUGAUUUUAUAUUCUACAUUUCUCAUUUUGAUGUCGUAUCCACUAGUAUUGAAUCAUCUGUAAUAAACGGGCCUUUUGUGUACCUAUAUUUGUGCAAUACGCUGGUGCAUCUCGUUAAAUACUUGUAGAUUUAUUUUGACAGCACCUAAAUGUACAAUAUAGGCCCAUGAACUUGCCAACAGUGCUUUAAGCACAUAUCUAUUACCAUUUUACAUAAGUUCCCCAUACUGCAUGAUACUUAAAUACAUACUGAAUCACAUACUUAAAAUAUUUAGGUACAAAUUCGCGGCUGGCUAAGAUGUGUGUGGAGGAAUUGUGCCAUCAGUCCGUGUCACGGGUGUUGGGGCAACGCUUGUUCGCAUUUAUUGAUUCCAAUCGCGAGGCUAAUAAUAAGCUACUAUAUGAACGCAUAGUUAUUGGAUGCCAAAUUAUAACGGUGUAAUCAUUUCGAUUAAAUUAUGUAUCUCGAUGUAUUCGAAGUAUAAAUAACUGUAUUGACCUGAGAUGUAAACAGUCGAUGUUUCGUUUCGUAAUUUUCAAUUGCAUAGAGCAUAUUUUUUUUAUUCUCCUAAUUUUAAGGCUAAAAUUUGACCUCUGUAUCAUACAGUUAGCAAAAACAACAGGAACUAAUUUUGUAGGGUUAAUUUACAAAUUUGUAUACAGGCGAUAAAGUGGUUAUCUUAGAUUUUCUAUGGUAGUAAACAAACUAGUAGAUAUAAAGCUGUAAUAUGUGAUAAGAGUGGCUGUAAGAACUUGAUUCGUUUCCACGUUAUAUCUUCCUGUUAACCAUUGUAACUAUUAUUGAAAGUUUCAUAAUUUAUUUGCUCCUUAGAGUUAUUUAGUAGCGUCAGUAGGUAUCAUAUAGGUACAAACAUGUCCUCUAUAGGUCCCAAUAUUAUGAAGCUACAAAUUAUUAUUUAGAAGAUAAUCUCUGGUAACUCGGAUGACAGAUCUCAUUCAUUUGCCUAAACCAAUGUUGCCAGUUUUUGUCCGUACAGUAAUUUGUAUCUUUAUAACAGUGAGACCAGGCAUUUGUGUUAUCCGGAAGUCAUUUUAAAGCAUUUUGUAUUGUUCAGUGUUAACGUAAUUUAAUGUAAUUAGCCAUACAUAGUCAAGUUGUUUAAUCUUCCACGAAGCCUAAUUAUAAAUAUCCUAUAUUGAUACCUAGUAUAAUUAAAGUGUAAUAACAUCUUCGCGUUACUCAACGUACUUAUGGCUACUUAUCUUAUUCGUUCUCAGUGCUUUCCUACGUUAGUUAAGUGAGUCUUAAGCCCACUAGCUUUAGUAAAACAAAAUAUUAUUUUGAAAUUGUUUCAAUAAAUAGUUUUAAUUUUG